CAAAUGGAAAAUUUUAUGUACCAGAGUUUUCCAUUUUGACUAUAAACAAAACGAGGCGUUUCAAAUCGAAGACAUUUUGGACCAACGCUUAGUUUCUCAUAUUCAAACUAUGUAUCAAUUCCUUGAUAGUGGGAUCUUGUUUGUAGCCAUAUAAGGUUAAAAUCUCUGCUGAAUCACUAGCAAUUCCUCUGUUUAUCCAUGGAGAACCUAAACUAUUAUCUUCUUGUCUUAACUAUAAUUUUCUUCAUCAUAUUGAAAUAUCUUAUAUUUUAUCCUCACCAAAAAUCACCACCAAGUCCACUAGCAUUUCCAAUUAUUGGCCAUCUUCACCUUAUCAGAAAUUCCCUCCACCAAUCACUAGCUGCACUAUCAUCCCGAUAUGGUCCGAUUCUUUCUCUCAGGUUUGGAUGCAGGUCGUUUGUGGUGAUUUCUUCUCCAUCUGCCAUAGAAGAAUGCUUCACGAAAAACGACAUAGUAUUUGCCAAUCGACCUCAGUGCAUGGCUGGUGACCGGCUGACAUACAAUUAUGCCGCCUUGGCAUGGUCACCAUAUGGCCAUUUCUGGAGGAUCCUCCGCCGUGUAACCACCGUUGAACUUUUCUCUUCACAUAGCCUCCAAAAGUCAGCGAAAAUACGUGAAGAAGAAUUACAAUCCCUUCUUCGUUUCUUGUUUAAAAGCUCGAAGGAUGGAAGUCAAAGAGUUCAUUUGAAUUAUUUGGUUUCUGUUUUCUCUUUCAAUGUUAUGAAGAGAGUUAUUGCUGGAAAACGGUAUGUUGGAGAGGAAGAAGUUGGAACUGAAGUGGGAAAACAGAUCAUAAAAGAAAUUAGGGGAAUUUUCUUUUCAAGUCUGUCCCUUAGCGUGUGUGAUUUUUUUCCUGUGUUGAGGUGGGUUGGUUACAAGGGCCUGGAAAAAAAUAUGAUGUCACUGCAAAAAAAGAGAGAUGCUUACUUUAAUGUUUUGAUAGAUGAGGUUAAAGGGAAUGACAUUAGGUUUUCUAAUUCGAUGCCGGGGAAAAACACUUUGAUUGAAACUAUGUUGUCUCUUCAGGAAUCAGAACCUGAUUUAUACUCUGAUGAUGUUAUCAAAAGUACUAUACUGGUAUUGUUUGUAGCAGGAACAGAAACCUCAGCAGCCACAAUAGAAUGGGCUAUGUCACUCCUCUUAGAUCACCCGGAGGCAUUACAUAGGCUGAGAAAAGAGAUUGACAACAUUGUUGGGCAUGGGCGCUUGCUAAAUGACUCUGAUCUUGCUAAACUCCCCUUUCUACGUUGCGUUGUAAACGAGACACUAAGACUGUACCCUCCAGUGCCACUUCUUUUACCUCACAGUUCAUCAGAAGAUUGCAUUGUAGGGGGGUAUAAAAUUCCUAAAGACACAAUCUUGUUGGUGAAUGCUUGGGCUAUGCACAGGGAUCCAAAGGUGUGGGAUAAGCCUGAACGGUUCAAGCCAGAGAGAUUUGAGGGAAUCGAAGUGGAAAGAGAAGGCUUCAAAUUUGUGCCUUUUGGAACGGGGAGGAGAGCCUGCCCUGGUGCUGGUAUGGGUUUGCGAACUGUUUCAUUGGCUUUAGGUGCGUUUGUGCAGUGUUUUGAGUGGGAAAGAGUAGUAGAAAGUGACAUGAAUAUGAACUAUAAUUCAAAAGUUACCAUGCAGAAGGCUACGCCUCUGGAGGCGAAGUGCAUUCUCCGGCAACAGUCCGUUUGUCUUCUCUCACAACUUUGAACUAGCAAAAGAUCGAUAUACUUAUCACUAUAAAUAGCCUUUUCUCCAGCCGUUUCCAUCGAAGUUGAGCAAUCUAACACUGAGCAUUAUAGUAGUGCAUUAGUUUUUUAUGUGUUUCAUUCCUUCCAGUGCCGAGAGCUAGUUUUUACGACUAGUUGUUCUUUAUCCUUCUUUAUCUUUGAGAGUAUUUGUGUCUUCCUACAAGUGAUUCUCACUGUAAAAAAUUAUGUAUUAUAGAACCUCUUUUCUUCUGUCUUA